AUGCCUCCCCGCUCCCAGCUUGAGAUCAACACCUCCUCCGUCCUCCGCUUGGUGAAGGAGGAGGCCUCGUAUCACCGCGAGGCGGUGGAGCAGGCUGAGCGUAUCAAGAAGCUCGAGAAUGACAAGAGCGAAGAUGAGAAUCGCGAGUAUCUGUUGCAGCAGGAGCACCGUGCUCUCGAGGAGACCAAGAAGGUUUUCCCUUCUUUGAAGAAGAAGCUUGCAGAGACCGUGAGGGAACUGCAGUCCCUCAUUGCCGAGGAAGCUGCCAAGGGCUCUGAGAGCAACGUGGCACACAUCACUGCGGCGAAGGAGGCCAUCGCCCAGGCCAAGACCGCAGAGCGCGAGGUUUCUUGA